AUGGAAACUUUAGUUCUCAAUUUGGGGAAACAAUUUGAGGAUGAUGUUGCAUAUGAAUUCAUUGUUGAUGAAUUUUAUCUAUUAAGAGUUCCAGAAGAAGAUGUCAUCCAACAAUCAGAAAAUAUCAUUUUUAGACUGAGAAACAUGGAUUCAUUAAAGAGUUUUCCAGUUUAUACUUAUAAUGGUAGUUUCACUAUGCAUAGCAUUGACUGGUUUCAGAAACAAAAGACCACAAUAGUUCGAUCAAGCUAUGAUAUAUCAAACAUCAUGGAUAUCCAUGAUUCUAUCAAAGGUAAAUUUCAAUGUGUUGUUGAAGUGAUCGGUGCUGAUCUCUCAUCAAACACAAAUGCUGCAUACAGAAUGGAACAAACAGCACGUCUAAUCACAAAUAAAGCUGGUAUCGUAGGUGAAUUCAAUGAGAUACCUGUAGACAAUGAAGAUCUUACAAAUCUUGUAAAUUCAAUGAAGAAAUCUAUAUCAAAACAAAGAUUCAUGUAUGUUCAUAGAUUUACUAGAGAUUCAAGCGAUACUUCGACCAAUACUAUCAAAUCUAAAACCUUUGAUUAUACUAUACUUGAUGCAAAACAAAAGAUGGAUGACUAUCAAAUUGGAACAACCUAUCAAUUGUUGUUGAAACUCAAAGAUGUAGAAGAGAAACAAUGUACAUAUCUAAGAACAAAACUCUAUAGGGAUCAUGCAAAGAUGGUAUCUAUUCAAGAACUCAUUUGUUUAAACAAAGAUCCAUCAGAAGCAUCAACAUCUGAAAAUAAUAAUGUAAAUGAAGAAAAUCAUCAAGUUGGUGAAACAACAACUACAUCAACAACAACAUCAUCAUCACCAACCUUUAAAAUUCUUACAUAUAAUCUUUGGAAUUACAAUAAUCCUUGGAAACAAAGAAGAAACAUGAUUGUUGACAAUAUUGUAAAGCAAGAUCCAGAGUUGAUCGCUUUCCAAGAGGCAAGAUACUGUCAAUGGGAAGGUGAAACUGAUUACAUGCCAAAUCCGAGAAUGAUGGGACAAGAAAGAAAUCAAAUACAACACCUCGUCAACUUGCUAUCUUUCCAAAACAAAAAAUAUCACUACACAUUCAUUCCAUCGAUGGUCUAUUUAAAUGGUCAACAAAUGCAAUAUGAAGGAUUAGCUAUACUCUCCAAAUAUCCAAUCAAAGAUACUUCAUCUAUAAAAUUGUCAAGAGAUUUCAAUGAUAAUGAAGAUGUUCAUCAGAGAUCUUGUCUAAGAGUGUUAGUUGAUACACCUAAUGGACCACUCAACCUGUUGACAUCUCACUUCUCACUGUCUCUUAGCGGUGCUGUUAGAAAUGCCUUUGAGGUGACCAACUAUACCAAACAGUUUGAGAGUCCACAGAUAUUUGUUGGCGAUUUGAAUUCCGUACCAGAUUCGCAUGCAAUUCAGUUCCUGGUUGGAAAAGUUGUUGAAAACAAUCAGACUGGUGACUUCCAAGACUCAUUCACUGAUUGGACAUCAACAAACAGACCGGUUGAUUUCGUGGGUACCUACUCCACACUGGGUGGCACACCAAACAAGAGAAUAGACUAUAUCAUGAAAAGAGGCGCUGAGCUAGAACUGGUAGAUUUCAAGCAACUAGGAUCCGAGCCACAACCAGCUGAUGACGAUCCAAAUCGAGAAGUCUACGCCUCCGAUCAUCUCUCACUGGUGGCAACAUACAAGUGGCUAUCAAAAACAGAAUCAAAAACAACAACUGUUGUUGUUCCUACACCAGAGAUCAAAACCAACACCGGUGUUGUUGAAACGGCUUUAAAAGAGGACCACAAUAUGGUUCCCCCAAUCGCACCAAUACCCCUCACAAAAUAA